AGCCUGGCUUGGGCUCUGCGCCCAGCGCCCCCCCACGGCGGGCCAGACGUCUUUCUCUCCAGUCGGCCAGCGCCCCGCGCCUUGCCGAUGCCCGGGCCCCGGCGCUCCGCGCCCGCGGGCGGGUGAGGGGCGCCGCCUGGCGUCGCCGACGCCCCUGCCAAGCGGGGCCGCAACCUCUGCCCAAACGGGGGGGGGGGCGGCGCCGAUGGUGGGCCAGCCCGCGAAGAGGGUGCGCGGCUCGGCCGGCGGUGUGCUUCAAGUCCCUGUGUUGGUGAUCCUGGACAUGAACGGGGUGCUGCUGCUGCGGCCCAGGGGCGGCAAGGAGGC